AUGGCCUACGAUCCGAGGGAGCACUUGCAAAGAUUGCAACGGACACUCCAGCAGCGCGGCGGUGGCGGCGGUGGCUUUGGAGGCGUUCCAGGUGGUGCCGCGGCUGGAAGAGGAGUUCUACUAUUAAUUGCUCUAGGCGUUGGCGGUGUUGUCAUCUCCAAUUCGAUCUUCAACGUUGACGGUGGUCAUCGCGCAAUCAAGUACAAGAGAAUAUCUGGUGUGAGCAAGGAAAUCUAUAGCGAAGGAACUCAUCUCAGAAUACCCUGGUUCGAGACGCCCAUUGACUACGAUGUCCGCGCAAAGCCACGAAAUGUUGCCUCCCUGACCGGAACGAAAGAUCUGCAGAUGGUCAACAUCACCUGUCGUGUUUUGUCCCGCCCUCGAGUCGAGGCCCUUCCACAAAUCUACCGCACCCUAGGUACAGACUACGACGAACGAGUCCUGCCAUCAAUUGUGAAUGAGGUGCUCAAGAGCGUGGUUGCACAAUUCAAUGCAAGUCAAUUGAUUACCCAGAGAGAAAAUGUUGCUCGCUUGGUUCGAGACAACCUCACAAGACGAGCUGCGCUCUUCAACAUCAUGCUCGAUGAUGUCUCCCUGACCCAUCUCUCCUUUUCCCCCGAAUUCACAGCUGCCGUCGAAGCCAAGCAGGUCGCGCAGCAAGAGGCCCAAAGAGCCGCGUUCGUUGUGGACAAGGCCAGACAAGAGAAGCAAGCAACAGUUGUCCGUGCCCAGGGUGAGGCCCGAUCCGCCGAGUUGAUUGGUGAGGCUAUCAAGAAGAGCAGGAGCUACCUAGAACUUCGACAGAUUGAAAACGCUCGGAAUAUUGCCACUAUCUUACAAGAGAGUGGGGGACAAAACAAGUUGUAUCUCGACGCUCAAGGCCUGGGUCUCAACGUCGGCGCAUCGGAAGAUCAGACUUCAAGAAGGUAA